CACUUCACGUACCAAACAAUGGACCAUGCUUAAGCUUUCUAUAUCUCCAUUCUUCAUACCAAACAAAGACACAGCACAUAAAUAAGCAACAGAUAACCAAAGAAGAAACAACAAAUAGCAUGACGAGUUCGAGUUCCGUUCACUGUGAUCUUCUUGUGCAAGAAGAAGAUAUUUUAGAGGAGAAGAACAGAAAAACUACUCUGCAUAUGCUCAUAGCAGAAGAAGCUGAAGGUGAUGACACCAAGGCAAUAGAAAUGAGUGUAAGAGUUGAGGGAGCGAAGGAGGACAUAACAGUGACAUGGGAGAAUUUGUGGGUCACUGUUUCAAGUGGAAAGAAAAAGAAGCCAAUUUUGCAGGGUCUUACAGGUUAUGCUAGCCCAGGGAGGAUUCUGGCCAUAAUGGGCCCUUCAGGAUGUGGAAAAUCUACACUUCUUGAUGGUUUAGCAGGAAGAUUGAGCUCACAAAUGAAGCAUACAGGGAAGAUUCUAAUCAAUGGCCAGAAACAAACACUGGCCUAUGGAACAUCAGGCUAUGUAACACAAGAAGAUGCUAUGCUGUCAACUUUAACAGCUGGGGAAACUUUAUACUACUCUGCUGAGCUCCAGUUUCCAGAUUCCAUGUCCACAGCAGAGAAGAAGGAACAAGCAGAUAUCACACUCAGAGAAAUGGGUCUGCAAGGUGCCAUUAACACAAGGGUUGGAGGGUGGGGUUCUAAGGGUCUCAGUGGGGGACAAAAGAGGAGACUUAGCAUCUGCAUUGAGAUUCUAACACGGCCAAGACUCCUUUUCCUUGAUGAACCAACAAGUGGACUUGACAGUGCAGCUUCCUAUUAUGUUAUGAGUAGAAUUGCAACUCUAAAUCUAAGAGAUGGAAUUCGAAGGACUAUUGUUACUUCCAUCCAUCAGCCAAGCAGUGAAGUCUUUGAACUUUUUCAUGAUCUCUGUCUUCUGUCUUCUGGUGAAACUGUAUAUUUUGGUCCAGCCUCUGAUGCAAAUCAGUUUUUUUCUUCAAACGGUUUCCCAUGCCCAACCCUCCACAAUCCUUCUGAUCACUACUUAAGGAUCAUAAAUAAAGAUUUCGAACAGGAUGCUGAAGAAGGCUUUGGCAAGGGAGUAAGUACAGAAAAAGCAAUUGAUACCCUUGUAAAGUCUUAUAGGUUGUCUCAAGUAAGAAAACAAGUUAAAAGGGAAGUGAAAAAAAUAGUUGAAAGUGAUUCUUGUGAAGCAAGGAAGAACAGGAUUCAUGCUGCAUUUCCCACUCAAUGCCUUGUUCUUACAAGAAGAUCUUCAUUGCAAUUCUUUCGUGACAUAAGCAAUUACUGGCUACGUUUAAUAGUCUUUAUUGUAAUAGCUAUAAGCAUUGGAUCUAUCUUCUACAACAUAGGCACAGAAAAUGGAUCUGUUCAGGGGAGAGGUUCUCUGCUCAUAUUUUUUGUUUCAGUUCUGACUUUCAUGACCCUUGUCGGUGGAUUUUCUCCACUCCUGGAGGAAAUGAAGGUAUUUGGACGAGAGAGAUUGAAUGGGCACUAUGGGGUGACAGCAUUUCUGAUAGGACACACAUUCUCUGCUGUUCCUUACAUGAUACUGAUCUCUGUUAUUCCUGGAGGAAUAGUGUACCACCUUUGUGGAUUGCACAAAGGAAUAGAUCGUUUCUUCUACUUCACAUCUUUGCUAUUCGCCAUAGUUAUGUGGGUUGAGAGUCUCAUGUUGGUGAUUGGAAGCAUCUCCCCAAACUAUGUAAUAGGCAUGUUCCUUGCUGGUGGAGUUGAAGGACUCAUGAUUGUAACGGGUGGAUUCUAUAGACUGCCAAAUGAUCUUCCGAAGCCAUUGUGGAAGUACCCUUUCUACUAUGUUUCCUUCCUCAAGUAUGCCCUCCAAGGAUCCUUCAAGAAUGACUUUGAUGGCCUAACAUUUUCAGUGAAUCUUGAAGGAGGAGGCUCUGCAAGCAUGAGUGGUAGAGAAGUUCUAGCAGAAACAUGGCACGUGGAAAUGGGACAUUCUAAGUGGGUCGAUCUUGCAAUCAUGUUUGCAAUGAUUCUUCUGUAUCGAGUUCUGUUCUUGGUCAUCACUAAGUUCAAGGAGAAGUUCAAGCCUUUUCUUGCAUCCAUUAGUCUUCGACCAUGACUUCUCACUGCAAUCAGUUUAGAGACACUAGAGUCAAAUGAUGCUCGAUGUGUUAGUUUGUUUACUAACUUCGCUGCUCUUGUUUUAUAUGAAAAUCUUUUGAAUUUACUAGAUGAAUGCGUGCAUGUAAUUUCAAAUUAUUUAAA